ACCCUAAGAUUAUAAAAACCCUAGUCCCUUACCAUCGUUUAUUUCUCGCGGCGCUCCACUUCUCGUCUUCCUCUCAUUUCCCUCCAUCUGGUGCCGGAACCCUAAGUUCUAUCUCUGUAAAUUCAGCCAUGCCUCCCAAGUUCGACCCCACCCAGGUCGUCGACGUCUACGUCCGCGUCACUGGCGGUGAGGUCGGUGCCGCAAGUUCUCUUGCUCCGAAGAUCGGGCCACUCGGUCUCUCUCCCAAGAAGAUCGGAGAAGAUAUUGCCAAGGAGACCGCCAAGGAAUGGAAGGGCCUUAGGGUUACUGUGAAGCUCACCGUGCAGAACAGACAGGCGAAGGUCUCGGUUGUGCCGUCGGCCGCCGCCCUUGUUAUCAAAGCCCUCAAAGAGCCUGAACGCGAUCGUAAGAAGACUAAGAAUAUUAAGCAUACAGGCAACAUCUCUCUCGAUGAUGUUAUUGAGAUUGCAAAGAUUAUGAGGCCGAGAUCCAUGGCGAAGGACUUGGCGGGAACGGUGAAGGAGAUAUUGGGCACGUGCGUUUCCGUUGGAUGCACGGUCGAUGGUAAGAAUCCGAAGGAUCUGCAACAGGAAAUUACUGAUGGCGAUGUUGAUAUCCCCCAAGAUUGAAACGCUUGAGAUAAGGACUGCUGAUUCACUACAUUUUGUUCUCCCCCGGCCUCCAUUUUUCUUUCACUUAUUUACUUCCGAAUUUUAGAGAGCUUUACUUUUCCAUUCCCUCUCUUAUCUUUUUCUUUUGUCUCCGUUUCAUGAGUUCAAGAACAAGUGGGGAUAUAUUUGAAGAAUUCGUUCGUUAGUUCUUAGAUGGCUCCGGAGAUGUAAGCUUGUUGUUUAGGGCUUGGAUAAUAUCAUGGAACAUAAUUCCCUUUGCAUUUUCAAUUCGGUUUUUAUAUCUCUUUUCAGUGCUUUA